GUUGGGACUAGGCAGUGUAUGGGUGGGGUCGUAACGCUGAACUGUGCUGCCUCAGGGAGCUGUAUGAUCUGGGCGGGGCUACGGGUGUGGCCCACGGGGUGUGGAAACCCGUGGGUGGUGCAACAGGGACGCACUGUUACGUCCAGUACGUUAUUUUGGACAUUAUUUUUUUGCGACGAGGCGCUCUCAAAGCUAUUUUGGCAUGGGUUGAGAUUUGCAAGGCAGGCUCCUCGGGCUGCCUGUUUUUCGCCUUGCCUGCCUGCCGUGCCUAUCUGGCAUCGGUUGCAGCCACCCGCCGGCAGGCUGGCCACUCGGUGAGGUGAGGUACUGCCGGGGGCGGCACUCCAGCGCCGCGCCGCGCCGGGGAGGUCGGCUCAGUCGCCCGGCGAGUGCAAGGCCGGCGAGUGUGGGACCGAGCGGACGGGAGCGAGCCGUCAGACCCAGGAGAGAGAGUGGAGAGAGGUGUACGAGCAGGAGGAUAGAGUGACCGGCACGGAGGGCUGCAGACGAGGCAGAGAUGAUGUUUGCAUCCGGGAUGUGUCCCCUAUGGCCGCUGCACCUGGUGCUGAUGUACCUGAUGGCGCUCAUCCCGCUGUGGAUGGCGUGCUGCGGCGCCGCCUCCGCUGCCGCCAGCGCCAUCCACUUUGACCCGGCCAAGGUGGAGCAGCUGAUGGAGGGCAACACGACCUCUGUGCGGGUCGAGUUCGCCGACCUGGCGCCGGGCGAGUACCAGUUUCGGGUAGACCCGCUGGACGACUCGGGCCAGGUGACGGUCGAGCCGCGCGACAUCGUCUUCCGACUCGACCAACCCGAGGACGUGUGGCGCGCCUUCAACCUCACAGGCGCCCACCUGGGCUACACGAGCGUGCGCGUGUCGGGCGGCCGGGUCUCGCCGCCCGCCGCCCCCUCCCCCGCCGGCUCCGCUUCUCCCGCCGGCCCUGCUGUCCCGGAGAGUGGCGAGGCCGAGCUGGCGGUCAGCGUGGUCCGCAGUAACCGCCGGCUGGACAAGAUCUUCGCCUACUCGGUGGCCACUCUGGUGUCGCUGACGUACGUCAACAUGGGCUGCACGCUGGACCUGGCCGUCAUCAAGCAGUCGCUGCUGCGGCCCGUCGGACCGGCCAUCGGCGUCAUCACCCAGUACCUCGUCAUGCCGCUGGCUGGGUUCGGGCUGGCGAUGGCCUUCUUCAGCGACCCGGGUCUUCAGCUGGGUCUGUUCCUCACCGGCUGCAGCCCGGGCGGCGGCGCCUCCAACAUCUGGACCUACCUCUUCAACGGCAACAUCAACCUGUCGGUGACGAUGACGUUUGUCAGCGCGCUGGUGGCCUUCGGCGCUGUGCCGGCGUGGGCGUACAGUCUGGGUCGUUUCAUCACGGACGAUACGUCCGUGGUGAUCCCGUACAGGAACAUCCUGACCAUUCUGGUAUCGCUGCUGGUACCCUGCGGCAUCGGACUGCUCAUCAACCGCUUCCUACCCAAGGUGGCUGAUAUCAUGCGGCGCGCGCUGAAGCCGUGGUCCGUCAUCCUCUUCAUCUUCAUCGUGGCGUUCGGCAUCUACACCAACAUGUACAUCUGGCGCCUGCUGACCUGGAAGCUGGUGCUGGUGUCGGCGGUGCUGCCGAUAAUCGGUUUCCUGGGCGGCGGCCUGGCGGCCUGGGCCACCGGCCGCUCCUUGGAGGACGCUAUCGCCAUCAGCAUCGAGACGGGCAUCCAGAACACGGGCGUCACCAUCUUCAUGCUGAAGUUCUCCCUGCCGGAGCCAUCCAGCGACCUCUCCAUCGUGGUGCCGAUCGUGGUGGCCACCAUGACUCCGGUCCCACUAUUCGCUCUGCUGGUGCUGCGCCGACUGCGCACCUGUCUGUGCCCGCCGCCGGCGCCGGAGAAGGCCGCGCCGCCCGCCCACCUGCACGACAGCGAGAGUGGGCGCCACCUGGUGGGAGCCGUCGAUGACGACGUCUCCAUGUCGGCCACCGUCUGAGCCGCGUCGACAGCGACGCACCCCGAGAGAGAGCCCGAGAGAGGGAGAGAGGAGGCCGGGGUAGUGGCGAGACGACGGUGUCAGCGGGUGUGCUGUCAGAGUAUUUAAACAGAGAUGUAGUUACGUCGUGUCCGGCUGUUUGUGAACUCGUGAACUCGUAGUGCAACAACGACAAAAUAAUGUGGUUUAUUUUAUAUUGGUUGUUGGCACAACCCUCACGUCCGAGUCGAAUCGUCUGUAGAUCGUGUUCAAACAGAAUCCUAUAUUGAUGUUCGCUGUUAGUCUGUGAGCGUACAUCGAAUGUCUAUCCGGCCGCUGAGCUCUUAGUCCCGUGAUCGCUGCAGGCGCUGGAUGGUGCAAUAGCACUUUUUCUCGCACUAGAAGGCAGAAGCACGGCUGUUAUUUCUAGCGUCAACGUGUCUUCAAUGUGCGUGUGCGCUUCACAUCGCCAGCUAGCAGGUCUCGCGGAUCUACCACUCAUGGUGUUAAGUUCCGGUCUUCCCUGCUCCGCCCUGUGUCCGUCAGUCACUCAUCUGCGGCUGUUCUUAAGCGAUGGCCCGCCUGCGUUCAUUGUGUUACGUAUUUUCAGCACAGCCUGCCCGUUCGAUUUACUUCCCUUCCGCUGUAAUUUAUAUUCUGUUGUUCUUGUGUAUCAUCCGUACCGCACAGCGGGCACUGGCGCAUUGGUUAACGUUCGCCCCCUGUUCGGUCCGUGAGCACCUCUCAGCCUGUGCACUGCAGCUCACAGAACAGUCAUCCCGUCCCAGCGUCGGCCGCUGAAUUCGAGACAUCAUAUGAGAAACACGGACCAAACGUUCAGGUGGCAAACAUGUAACAGAACUGAAAUACAAGCUUUAGUAGUUA